GGCAUACAUGUAUGAAAUGUAUGAAACUUGCUGAUCCUGAGAGUGAGAAAUGCUGACCAAGGAAAACUUCAAGAACUUGUGAACUGCCUAUAGAAUGUAUUUUGCAUCCUGUAUAUCAAGACCAAAGUCUAUAGAUAGGUUAUCAUCCUACCUGUGGCAACUACAACUAAAACAGAACUUCUCAAAAACAUGUGCAAACAGCCAAUGGGAGUUCAGAACACAUUGGAGGCAUUGGAGGACAGAAUACAUUCCCCACAAGUCUCCCUAUUGGUCAGGCAGAUGCAUAUGUACAGGACUUUUGACCAAUCAGAGUGCAAGUUCUUCAGCCAAUCAGAGAUCAGGACCACCAUGGAGGAUUUUGUUCUUUGGAAGUGAUGAAUUUUCAGUGGAAGUUCUGAGGAAGCUAAAGGCCAACAAUACCAGGACCAAGUCAGCAGACAGAGUUGUGGAAGCAUUAGAAGUGGUGUGUUCACCAAAGAGGGUUCCAGUCAGGACAUAUGCAAAUGAGCACCACCUGCCUCUCCACGAUUGGCCCCUGCAAGGGUCAUGUGACCAGUUUGAUGUGGGGGUGGUGGCCUCAUUUGGGUUCCUCAUCCCGAAGAAGGUCAUCAGACUUUUUCCAUAUGGCAUCCUAAACAUCCAUCCCAGCUUGCUGCCUCGCUGGCGUGGGGCGUCGCCGGUGUUCCACACGAUUCUCCAUGGUGAUGAGGUCACAGGGGUCACGAUCAUCCACAUCACGCCACAGUUUGUUGUGUUCAGGUUUGAUGUAGGUCCAAUCCUACAGCAGGAGUCAGUGCCAGUACCAGACAGAUGUCAGGCUGUACAGCUGGGCAGUAUGCUGUUUGAUAGAGGGGCAGAUAUGCUGUUGCAGUGUCUUCGGGAUCUUCCAAGAAAAUUGGAAAAUGCUGUAAAGCAACCUUCUACUGGUGCUACAAAUGCACCAAAGUUGUCAGUGGACCAAUCCUGGGUGAGGUGGGCGGAGCAAAGCAGUCAGGAGAUUGACAGGCUCUACAGGAGUGUCGGUCAAAAGUUGCCUCUCAGGAGCAUCUGGAAUGGUAGAACAGUGAAACUCAUGGACAUUCUAGAUCCUGAUAUAACCAAAGGUCUGACCCUCCCAGUAACAGACCCCAAACCAGGCAGUGCCCACUACCACAAACCUACCAACUCAGUCUGUAUCAGAUGUCAGGAUGGCUGGGUUGGGUUCAGGAGCAUCCUUCUGAAGAAGAAACUGAAUGCUCAGGAGUUCUACAAUGGUUACCUGUCCAGGGAACAUCUCAAAGAGAAACUGUUUGAAACCAGCUCUUCAGAGACCAGCUGACAAUAAACAUUAAUACAACACAAAUGAAGACACUUAUUGACAUUCAAUCAGUCUAGUUAGAAUCAGUCUUAGAUAGUGCAAAAUGUUGUUAUGAAUAUAGAUCUUACAUUUUUGUAUUUUGACAAAAAAAUACACCUGUUGUUGUCACAUAAUGUGAAAGUCUUGUUGCCAAUGUCAAUGAGUUGCAAUGUAGAUGACAUGUUGACAGCAGAACAUUCUGCCCAAACAUGCAGUGA